GUUCCGCUUGCUUUUGCCAUGACUUGAAGAUCAACAGUAGCGAUUUAUAGAUCAAAUAUUAAUCUCUUUCUAUCGAUGAAGACUAAGAGGGAGUCGCGGGGGAAUGUUGCUGCUGCGGCUCGCGGGCUUCCCCUCGUCCCGCUCGGUGGUGCUGGAUCAGGGCGAGAGCCGCACUCUGUCCUGCGGGCUUUGGUGCUGUGAAAGUCGGGCGCCUCCUCAGGAAAGUGGCUGGAUGAUGAUUGCAGCCUGGGUGACUGACUCCUGGUGGAGGAAAACCCUGUAUGUGAGUGGAGGAGCAUUGCUCGCUGCUGCUGCUUAUCUCUUCUACGAACUGCUAUCCAUCAAGAAGGAGCAGGAACUUGACUCUACAGACGCCAUCAUCCUCCACCAGUUUUCCCGACCGGUUCUCUCUCCGAGUCUUUAUCCAUUCUGCCUGAAACUAGAGACCUACCUGAGAAUGGUGGACCUUCCCUAUCAGACUUACUUCGACGGCUGUCUGUCUGCUCAGGGAAUGAUGCCAUGGAUCGAGUACAACCACAAACAUGUGUCUGGGACGGAGUUUAUCAUCGAGUUCCUGGAGAAGAAGCUGGGCGUGAGUCUCGAUAAGGCUCUGAGUGCGGAGCAGAAGGCCAUCACUCACGCCAUCACUAAAAUGGUGGAGCAACAUUUACACUGGACAUUAGCAUACUGUCAGUGGGUGGAGAAUGUGGAGGAAACUCGCCAUAUGCUGGGUGUGUGUGAGCUGCUGCAGUGGAGUGUGUGUGAGCUGAAUGGCAGCCUGGUGAAGAGGGAGAUGUACUGCCAUGGCAUUGGCCGCUUCAGCACAUACCUCAUUCACACACUGCUAGAGAGAGACCUGCGCACUCUCUCCACACUGCUGGGAGAUAAGAAGUACAUCAUGGGCUCUAAAGUGUCCAGUGUGGACGCUGCAGUAUUUGGACAUCUUGCUCAGGCCAUGUGGACACUACCGGGAUCCAGACCGGAGCAACUCAUUAAAGGUGAGCUGUCGAACCUGGCGCGAUACUGUGAGCGAAUCCGCCGUGAGUUCUGGCCCGAGUGGGUGCUUGAUUAUGAGGAUUUGCCCUCAGAGACAUGCUUGGAUGCUCAUACACACACACAACACGGUCUGUUCUCCUGUGCCGACACGCUGGAUGAGGUGGACACACACAAACGUUCGCCGGAUACAGACCAUUCUGGGUGCUCGUUCUCCGACUCCGACAUCGAGGUGGACCAGUCAGAUACUGAGCUAAAGGUCAAGGCUUGAAAGACAUUCAUUUUACAAGAGCUGGUUUUUUUUUUUUGCUUUGCACACUAAGAGGUCCUGAUGCACACAUGCAAUUCAUAUCGGAGCUGUGUGGGUUUUUCUUUCUUUUUUUUUUUAAUUAAAGCAUCAGGGCUGAAAUUCUUCUGUGAAGGCUGAGUAAAUAACCAAAAACAAAAAGGUGACUUUAUAAAUCACUGUGUGUUUAAUUCACUCAGAGUGUAGACUUAGAUACUGUACAUAUCAGACAUUGGUUAUUUAUUGAAGAAGUGUGAUUUUGAUUUUUCACAAGUUGUGCAUAUGUUUUCUAGGUCUCACAUCGCAGAUCUUUUCUGCCAAUGACAAAAAGAUUU